AUGAAAAUACUAAACUCUACCAACAAAAUAACUCUAGUGUUAUUAAUAUUUGUGCUAACUUUUAGCAAUAUUCAUGCAAACCCUCUGCUAAAUAAAAUUAAUUAAAGAGAAAUUAAAAUUAUUAAAUAAAAAACUAACUAAUCAGAAAAUGAAGACUCUCAAAGAAAUCUGUAAGGCAGCACAAUAAGAUUCUCUUAUGACGAUUAAGAAUUAAGAGAAUAUAAUAACACAUUACAUACUAAAAUCAUUUUAAAUGCUUUGAAAGUUGCUUUCAACUUUUAUGAAUAAUUCGUUUAAGUUAAGAAUCCUAUUCUAGAUGAAUUAGAAGUUUAAAAUUGUUAUUUUGGUGAUUUGCCAAUAUAAUUCAAAAAAACUAUUAAAAACUCUGAUAUGCACUUUAUUCUUGGCCUCACAUUAGAUAUUAAAGAAGAAUGGAUAGCAAAGGCAGGAGCUUGUAGUUUGUUAUAUCCUGAUAAUAGACCUGUUGUAGGAUUCAUUAUCUACAACUUGAAAUUUUUACCCUCUUAAGAUAAAGUUAGCUUUUCGAACUUCGAAUAUGAUAAAUUAAUCAAAGUAACUAUCCACGAAAUAUUUCAUGCAUUAGUAUUUAGCGAAAGCCUUUAUAAAUACUAUGUCAAUAUUACUCCUGAUUAGUACGGUAUCAAUAAGGAUGGAAAACCAUUUUUGGCACUACCUGAGAUUCUCUCAUUUGCAUAAUAACAUUUCAGAUGUAAUCAAAUUAAUCAAGUAUAUUUGGAGGGAAGUGGGUAAUAAGGCACAGCUGGAUCUCACUGGAGUAAGAGUCUUUUUUAUCAAGACUUGAUGACUGGCUAUAUUUUAGCAGGUGAUGUAACUUGGAGUGGAAUAAAUAAUGCUUUACUUAAAGAUAGUGGAUGGUAUGAAGUUUAAAUGGAUUUUCAUGACAGAUUAUUCUGGGGAAAAAACUAAGGAUGUGAUUUCUAUUUUAAAACUUGCAAUGCUCAACCUAGACCUAAAGAAUUUUGCGAUUUAUCAAAUAACCAAUAACCUAAAACAGGUUUUAAUUAUGAAGGAUAUAAUUUUUAAUGUUAACAAACUCUUCUUGAUAAGGAAUGUGGCUUUUAGAUAAGCUUGGAUAAUAAAUCAUGCUAUGGAAGAGUUGAUAAAUUUAACAGUGAAGAAAAUAUUAUGGAAAAUGCUGGAUCCUCUUUUGAUUGGAACAGCAAAGGAAUAACUAGUAAUCUUUCACCUUUUGGUUCCGUUCCCUUCACAGAUGCCUAUUAAGCAUAGUGCUAUCCUUAAAAGUGUAUUUAAAAUGGCAAUAAAAUGAGCAUAGAACUUACUAUUGGUAGCAAAAUAAACAAAAUUCAAAAGGUUAUUUGUGAAGAAGAUGGUUAGAUUUUGAAAGUUGAAGGUUACAAUGGUGAAUUAGUUUGUCCAUAAAUAAACGAUUUCUGCGAGUAGCAGUUUAAUUGUAAAAAUCACUGCAGCGGAAGAGGUUUUUGUAUGAAUCAAAAGUGUAUCUGUGCAAAAGGAUACUCAGGAGAUGACUGCUCCAUAAUUAACUUUGAUGAAAUUUAAGUAUUAGAUAUUUUAGAUCCUUUUUGUACUAUUUACAAUGACAAGAAUGAAUGCAUUAAAUGUAGUGAAUAAUUUUCAUUGAUUGGAAACUAAUGCUAAAUGAGCACUUCUUCAUAAAUUCUGCUAAUUAAAUAUGUAUUAAUAGGACUAUAUUUAAUAUUAUUUUGA